CCGACGCCAUGUUUUUCCACACCGACAAUCUGUCAAAGUCAGCUGAUCGAUGAAAAAACUCUCUCGCGACGAUAUAUUUAGGAAACAACAACAAGACGCGAAAUGACGAGAUUUGAUUGCCGGCGUUACACCAGGACGUGCUCUCGGGGGGGGCACGUGUGCGGAAUCGAACGACGUUGGACGUCGUCGCGCAAAUAAAUAGCGAGAGAUGAGCGAACGACUUCCAAUUGGUCACGCCCGCGUAACCUUUUACGCUGAUUGGCCCGUCACACGGAGGCUCGACGUAUUUGUCACGUUCGACGGAAAUUGGCUCCCCUUGUGUUACUCGCGCGCAUCGGUCAUAAGAUCGCUUCGUCUUCGACGAACAAGAUCUUGUGAAAUCGGAACCAAUGGAUCACGAAAAUUCUCUGCGGGUGUACAACGUGGGCGUUCUUAUGGCGUCCCAUCUCGACAGUCCUUUUGAUCUUGAGCGAUGCGGUCCAGCGGUCGAUCUCGCUCUGGCCGAAGUAAACGAUUUCCUGAGCGUUCACAACGUGCAGCUGCGCAAAGUUCAAGGAAGCUACCCGUCGUGCAGCGGAGCGAAAGCUCCCGGUUUGGCGGCGGACAUGCACUUCCAGGACAAGGUGAUCGCCUUCAUCGGGCCGGCUUGCGCGUUCGCUCUGGAACCGGUGGCACAACUCGCGGCCUACUGGAACAGUCCAAUUAUCACCGGCAUGGGCGAUCAACCUCCCUCGGAAGGCGAACUGUCAGUCACGUCCGGUAUUCUCGGAAGGAUCCAUAAGUGGAAGAACGAAACAUCGGGAAUCUUCAAAGACAAGAGCAAGUAUCCCACUUUAACAAGAAUGUCGUACUGCCAGUGUCGAUUGCGUCUCGUUUUCGCCAGCGUCUUCAAGGAAUUCGGAUGGUCUCACGUCGCGCUCAUACUGGACAGAUCGGAUCUGUUCUCGUUGACGGUGGGAAAGAAUCUCGAGUACGGUCUGCGUAAGGACGGCCUUCUGAAGUUCGUCCGGGAGUUGGACGGUAACUCCGAGAACGAGUCGUACGAUCUUUAUCUGCGCGACGCGAGUAUGUACGCCAGAAUCGUGAUACUCAGCGUUCGCGGAACUCUAGUCCGAAAGUUCAUGUUGGCCGCUCACGAGUUGGGGAUGACGAAGGGAAACUGGGCUUUCCUCGACGUCGAGAUAUUUCACGGCUCUUAUUGGGGUGAUCACGACUGGGAGGUCGGGGACGAGGACGACGCAGCCGCCAGAAAGGCCUACGAAUCGUUAUUGCGAGUGUCUCUUCUUCAACCGACCAGUCCGCGAUUUCAGGACUUCGCCGACAACGUCAGACACCGGGCGCAGUCCGAUUACAAUUACACGUUCUCCGAGGGCGAAGAGGUAAAUUUCUUCGUCGGGGCAUUUUAUGACGGUGUUUACUUGUUAGGGAUCGCACUGAACGAGACACUGGCCGAGGGCGGUGAUAUCAGAGACGGUUUGUCCAUUACCAGGAGAAUGUGGGACCGGGACUUCAUCGGCAUUACCGGCCACGUCAGGAUAGACGACAAUGGGGAUCGCGACGCGGAUUACAGCAUUCUCGAUUUAGAUCCCAUUACCGGAAGGUUCGAAGUGGUCGCUCAUUAUUUGGGAUUGAAUCGGGAGUACAACCCGAUGCCCGGUAAGAAGAUUCACUGGCCGGGUGGAAGGGAGGGACCACCGCCGGAUAUUCCGGAGUGCGGAUUUUUGGGAAACGAUCCUGCUUGCACGUCGAAAUCAGAAGCUUACACGUUUAUAGCCUACGCGUGCGUGACCCUCGCUAUAUUUCUGCUCGCUGCGAUCACGGCCGCUUGCAUUUUAUACAGACACUUGCGAUUGUCCGCCGAUCUGAACAACAUGUCUUGGCGCGUCAGACCCGAGGAACUGCUCUUGGAAGUGGGGAAGCAGUUCUCGUCGAAGAUCAAUCUGCACCAACCGAUGUCCGACGCGAACAACUUCGGAUUGGAGCAAAAGAUACGUCGCGGAUCGCAGAUCAGUUGCGAGUCGCUGCCGCCCACGACCGUGUUCACCACUAUUGGGAUAUACAAGGGUGAACGAGUCGCUAUUAAGAAGAUUACGAAGAAAAAAGUUGUCGACGUGACGAAGAAAUUGCUCUGGGAAAUCAAGCAAGUGAGGGACGUCACGUCCGAGAACACCGUGAGGUUUAUCGGCGCUUGUAUCUGCUCGCCGUCGCCGACCGUUUUAAUACUCACGGAAUAUUGUCCUCGGGGAUCGUUGAAGGACGUUUUGGAGAACGAGGCCAUCAAACUGGACUGGAAUUUUCGUAUGUCUCUCAUCCACGAUAUUGUCAAGGGAAUGUCUUACCUUCAUGCCAGCGAGGUUUCCGCGCACGGUAAGUUACGAUCGUGCAAUUGCCUGAUCGACAGUCGCUUCGUGCUGAAAAUUUCGGACUUCGGACUAAAAACUCUCACCACUCCUUCCGAUUUAAUUAAAGACGAAAGCUAUUACACCAAACUACUUUGGAUCGCUCCCGAGCUUCUGCCGCUGACGAUAACACCCGGGAGCGCCGCGACGCAAAAGGGCGACGUGUACAGCUUCGCGAUCAUUUUGGAAGAAAUAGUGGUUUGCGGCGGUCCGUACGAAAUAGCCAGAAAACUCAUGUUUAUGACCGCGCAGGAGAUCGUGAGUCGAGUAUCGGCGUCGGAGAAUCCGCCGUUCAGGCCGGAAGUCAACGCGAAGGACUGUCCGCAGGACAUACUGUCGUUGAUGGAGAGAUGCUGGCACGAAGUUCCCGAGGAACGUCCUAGCUUUCACGCGAUUCGCGGCACGAUCCGUGGAAUUAUGAAAGGGUACUGCGAGAACCUGAUGGACGAUCUGCUGCGACGAAUGGAACAGUACGCCAAUAAUCUGGAGGCUCUCGUCGAGGAGAAGACCGAACAGCUGAGUCUGGAGAAGCGUCGCAGCGAGGAAUUGCUCUAUCAAGUGCUCCCGAGGCAAGUCGCUGGUCAGCUGAUGGCCGGGGAGAUGGUGCAACCGGAACAGUUCGAGUGCGUCACCAUCUACUUCAGCGACAUCGUCGGCUUCACCGCGCUCUGCGCCGAGAGCACGCCCAUGGAGGUCGUGGACUUCCUGAACGAUCUGUACAGCACCUUCGACAAUAUCAUCGGAUUCUACGAUGUUUACAAGGUGGAAACUAUAGGAGACGCGUACAUGGUCGCGUCCGGUCUUCCGCAGAGGAACGGCGACGAACACGCGAGAGAGAUCGGACUUAUGGCUCUGGCCAUACUGGACGCCGUCAAGUCAUUCACGAUAAUGCACAAGCAAAACACUCAGUUGAGCGUGAGAAUCGGCGUGCACAGCGGCCCGGUUUGCGCGGGGGUGGUCGGUCAGAGGAUGCCGCACUACUGUCUCUUCGGCGACACGGUGAACACGGCGUCUCGAAUGGAAUCUUCCGGUCUUCCUCUGAGGAUACACGUUUCCGAAGCGACGAAAAAUAUCUUGGACAAAUUCGGAACGUUCAAGCUCGAACUACGGGGGGAAGUCGAGUUGAAGGGCAAGGGCAGAGCGACGUCUUACUGGUUGACGGGUUGCUCGGAGCCCGAUUCCAGACUGGUCGUGCCCAAGUAUCGCAGGCUCAGCAGCAGUCAACCUGAAAACAAUCUGAAUCCGCUGAUCUUUCCGCCGAACAACGCGAGCGGUCCGAAAGCAAGCAGCACGUUCAUUAACUUGACAGAAUUUUAAUCAUUUCGCGCGCGCGGCGAAAUCUCUUUUUAACAUCCAGAAAUCAUCUCAAGCGAUUCAAGAAUUUGUCUUGAAAUCUCUCUUGACUCUUUCUUUGUUUCAAUGUGUAAAACAAUUCGGUGAAUUGGGUGUGUGAUGUUGAACUAGAGUAGUUCAGAGACUUUACAACUUUUAUUUUUUUUCUUCCACUCGAAAUUUUACAUUGGUAGGAUAUAAUUUAUUUAUAAAUGAGUGUGAUAUAUAUAUAUAUAUAUACAUAUAUAUAUAUACAUAUUUAUAUAUAUAUAUAUAUAUAACUUUUCGCGUUUAUCACAUUUCCAUCGCGAUUUCUGUAGAUACACACAAAAAGAAAAUAUAUAUCUAUUCAAUUAAUAUGCGGAUUUGUUUUAAGCGGUACACUGUUUGUCGUCCUCAACUCCGUCCCGAAAUACAUGUAAUGUUUGCACGAUCGAUGCAGAUGUAAUUCGUUCGUUUAAAAAUGAUCUAUAUGUAAACUACUAUAGAGUCUUCGAUCACCUUUCUUUUUCUAGCUGUGUUUAUAAUGCGAAAGUUGAUGUCAAAGAUAUACAUUACAAAGCAAUUCAACCUAAUUGCUAAUGUGUUCUCGCCAGUGUUACGUAACAGGGCUCCCAAGAUUCUCUUCUCGUUUCAAAUCCGAUCGCUAUCCGAGCAUCCGGAUGGCGGAAUAAAUUUUACGUGUUACGUUUCCCAAAAUUUUCAAACUACUCGAAGUAAUAAUAUCCGAACGUAAAAAAUCCUGUCAGAUUUCAAUUCGGAAAAGAUUAACUCAAACAAACCGUGAUUCGACUGGAUUCGAGAGAAAACACAGUCGAGAAAAUGUGUAAAAAAAAAAAAAAAAAACGCGUUUUUCGUAAAAA